CAGGGACUGCAUCCGAGCUAUUAUCAUCAUAUAUAGAACCUGUUUGAAAAGCUAAAGCACUAGUGAUAAUAAUUAUUAGUAUUUGAGGUGGUCGUUGUAGUGAUAUGGCUCACGUUGAUAAUCGUGGCAGAGAUGGUAGAUGGUCUCUCGAGGGAACGACAGCUCUUGUUACCGGUGGAACCAAAGGAAUCGGGUAUGCUAUUGUGGAGGAAUUGGCACAGCUUGGAGCGACCGUGCACACAUGUUCUCGGAAUGAAGCUGAUCUGAAGAAGUGCUUGCGUGAGUGGGAGGUAAAGGGCUUCCGAGUCACUGGUUCAAUCUGUGACCUUGUUUCUCGGCUCCAAAGAGAAGAGCUUAUAAACACAGUUUCUCAUCAAUUUCACGGCAAACUCAAUAUUCUUAUAAAUAACGUGGGAACCAGCAUUGUUAAACCAACCUCAAAUGUGACAGCUCAAGAUUUUUCAUUCAUCAUGGGUACCAAUAUUGAAUCUGCUUACCACCUGAGCCAGCUUGCGCACCCUCUUCUCAAAGGAUCGGGAGGAGGAAGUAUUGUUCUUCUCUCUUCCAUUAGUGGAUUGUUGUCAAUAGGUGGUGCAUCCCUUUACGGAGCAAGUAAAGGAGCAAUAAACCAACUUUCUAGAAGUUUGGCAUGUGAGUGGGCACGAGACAAUAUCAGGACCAACUGCGUUGCACCUAGAGUGAUAACAACUCCUUUAACGGAGGAAUUAGUCAAAGGGAAAGCCUUGGAAACUAUAAAUUCACGGACUCCUAUUGGACGACCUGGGGAGCCAGAGGAGGUAUCAUCCUUGGUAGCAUUUCUCUGCCUUCCUGCAGCCUCUUAUAUAACUGGACAGACAAUUUAUGUUGAUGGAGGGAUGACUGUCUAUGGAUUCAAUCCCUAGUCGCAGCAGUUUUGAAUAAAUUUUCCAACUCGAUCCAAUUGUUCCUUCUAUGGCUUUUUAUGUUUGUUUUUAUCUCAUAAUAAUAAGCUUCAGCAGAGGUAAUUGUCUUUGAUUUU